AUGUGGGAUUACGGCGGGGAGGGCGGAGAGGCGGGUGCGCAGGCGGGGGAAGGCACAGGCGCGCAGGCGUGGGCGGAACCGGGUCCGGGGGAGCAUGUAGAGGGGGUGCUUGAUCUGGACGAUGUGACUAUAGCGAAGGUGGUGGGGGGGAGAUGGCGCGUAUUGGUGGAGUUUUACAAUCCGAGCGACGAGGCGAGCAAGAGCGCAUUGCCCCAUGUGCGCCAGGCGUCUAUAUUGGUAGUGGACCGCACUGACUGCCUGCUGGCCAAGGUGGAUGCAUCAAAGUACCCUCAACUUGCAGAGAGACAUGGCGCCACAUCCCUUCCUCACUUCGUCUUGUUUGAUGCCAGUGACUCCCUCGGCUCAAGCUACACGGGUCCUGUAGACGCACAGUCUCUCGCCAACCUCCUUUUGCAUGGCCAUGCGCACUCCGGUCCCCUGUCCUCUCUGCGCAAGGCCACGCGUGCCUUUGUGGACUUCCGCUCUGAUACCACGCGCAGGGGGCAGGCACACACAGAGGCGCAGCAGCUCGUGGAAAAACUGCCGGAGGAGGCCAAGGAGAGCGGGGAGUAUUACCUCAAAGUCAUGGCAGCAGUCGUUGAGAGAGGGGAAGAAUUUCUCGCCAAGGAGGUGGCGCGGCUCAAAGGCCUGGUGUCGUCAACCAGCCUGCCAGCAUCCAAGCACUUGCAGUUCCACCACCGCCUCUCCAUCCUCAAGCAAGCAAGCGCUCAUGCGCUCACUCGCAGAUCCGCCGCCGCCUCUCCAUCCUCAAGGUGA